AUGAUGCUGUCUGGUGUCAGGCUCCUGGCCUGGGGCUGGCUGCUCUUGCCUGUCAGCAGGGCGCUGGAAGACUGCGCCGCCUGCGUCUUCCCCUUCAUCUACCAGGGGCGAUCGUACCCCACGUGCACCUGGGACGGAAGCUGGGCUGGGUGGACACUAUGGUGCGCCACCACCGCCAACUACGACCAGGACUCCCGCUGGAAGCGCUGCUAUGAGACAGAGUAUGGCGGCAACACAGAUGGGCAGCCCUGCGUCUUCCCCUUUGUGUACCGGGGCCGGGCGUUCUACACCUGCACCGACGAGGCCGCCAAGCCACGCAGGUUCUGGUGCGCCACCACCGGGAACUACGACCGGGACCGGCGCUGGAGCUACUGCCCUGACACUCUACUGGCUGGCAAUUCCACGGCUCCCUGCACCUUCCCGUUCACCUACCAGAACCAGACCUACCUGGGCUGCACGGCAGAUGGGGACGCCAGCGGGAAGCCCUGGUGUUCUCUGACCAGAAACUACGACGUGGACCGGAAACGCAUGUACUGUCUGGACUCAGCUCCAGCAUCCUCACAGCCCAUGGAGUGA